AUGAAGUCAUUCAUCUUCGCCUCUGUUGCUCUUUUAGCGAGCAAUGUCGCAGCGAUGGCCGUAAUCCCACGAGCGCCGCUCGACAAAAGGAUGGCAGAGUUCUACUACAAUCAGCAAUGCUAUCCAAACUGCGAGGAUGAGAAGGAGAACAAGCGAGCAAUUGAGGAAAUGAUGGAGAGGGACGAACGAGCAGUGGCGGAAAUCGUGAAAAGGGAGGCAGAAUUUUAUUACAAUCAGCAAUGCUAUCCAAAUUGCGAGGAUGAGAAGGAGAACAAGCGAGCACUUGCGGAAAUCGAGAAAAGGGCAGCAGAAUUCUAUUACAAUCAGCAAUGCUAUCCGAAUUGCGAGGAUGAGAAGCAAGAGUGA